AUGUCCUCCAAGUCGCAAAUCCCCUUUGGCACACGUGCCAGCAGCCACCCUAACCCUCUGGCUCGCAAGCUCUUUGAGGUCGCCGAGGCCAAGAAGAGCAAUGUCACCGUCUCCGCCGAUGUGACCACCACCAAGGAACUGCUGGACCUGGCCGACCGCCUUGGUCCCUAUAUCGCCGUCAUAAAAACCCACAUCGACAUCCUCUCCGACUUCAGCGACGAAACCAUCUCCGGCCUCAAAGCCCUCUCCAAGAAGCACAACUUCCUAAUCUUUGAAGACCGCAAAUUCAUCGACAUCGGCAACACCGUGCAGAAGCAAUACCAUGAAGGAGCCCUCCGCAUCUCCGAAUGGUCCCACAUUAUCAACUGCGCCAUUCUCCCGGGUGAAGGCAUCGUCGAAGCCCUGGCCCAAACCGCCCAGGCCGCGGACUUCCCCUACGGCUCUGACCGAGGUCUCCUCAUCCUUGCGGAAAUGACCUCUAAGGGCUCUCUAGCCACAGGAGACUACACCUCCGCCUCUGUCGACUACGCCCGCAAAUAUCAGAGUUUUGUCUUGGGCUUCGUCUCCACUCGCGCUCUGACCGAUGUUCCCGCUAGCGUGAGCGCCAACGAGAAUGAGGACUUUGUCGUCUUCACUACGGGUGUCAAUCUCUCUUCCAAGGGCGAUAAACUAGGUCAGCAAUACCAGACCCCGCAGUCGGCUAUCGGUCGUGGUGCGGAUUUCAUCAUUGCGGGACGCGGAAUCUAUGCCGCGCCUGAUCCUGUGGAGGCUGCGAAACAGUAUCAGCAGCAGGGAUGGGCGGCGUACCUUGACCGUGUUGGGGGUAGCCAAUAG